AUGAGGUUGCUCACACUAGUUGCGUUCACAGCGAUUGCUGGAAUCAGUGCGAGAAUCGUUAAUAAAGGUGGUGUUAUCAAUGUGAGUUUGGAAAUAUUUCAAAAUAUUUAUUUAUCUCAAUAAUAAAAAAUUUUAAGGCUCGAGAUGGCAACGAGGCUGUUAUGACAUGUCAAUUUGCUGAUGUUAAUGCUGAUGAUCUCUUUGUGAUCUGGAAGAGAAGCGGUGAAAUUAUUGCGACCAACGAGGAUGCAAAUAGUGAUGCAUAUUCAGUGGAAUUGACCGAUUCGGCUUCAAUUUUGAGAAUUCAUCGAGUUGAGCCAAUUUUCAGCGGAGACUAUUCUUGUCAACUUGGAGAUGAUGAAGAGGCGGUUAUUACAUUCACUGUCAAUGUUGAAGGUAAGGGUUUUUGAGGUUUGAAAAAUAGAGAAGGGGGAGGGGUAAAAAUUUGAGAAGCUGAACAUCUCAAUGCAAUCUGAUGCUAAUUUGGAGUUGAGCAAUAAAGUCUGAACAUCGAAAAAUCGCUGAUGUUCUGAAACAACCAAUGACUGAAAAUUAAAAUUGUCAGGAAUACUUUUUUUAAAAUUGUCAGGAAUACUAAAUUUAGAAUUCCAUUCUAAAUUUCUGAAUUCUUCUCUCUUUCGUUUUUUCUCAAAAAAACGUGUCUAGAGCUUUUGAUCAAAAUCACAGUUAAACCCCAACCGCGUUGUAACAAUUUAAUUGGGGCUUUUUUGCAACUGUAACAAAAAACAAAUCGCAAAAACUUUCCAAUCAACUUCAAGCCAUCAUCUUCCAUCAAAAUCCCCAAACAUAUUUCAAAAUGUUUGAUAUAUCAUGUCACAUCAUAACAUUUUAUGCAUCGUUUUUCUAUCUGCCUCAUUUUUCGGUGCUAACUAAAUCCGCGCGCAGAUGGAAUGUCGUAAUGACAAAUGGGUAAUAAGCGAACGAUGAGAACAACCACACAGAAAAGGAAAAGAAGAAGAAGAAGAAGAAGACAAAGAUGAAUCUAACCGAUAACCACAAUUUUCCUUGUGUAUAUAUAAUAAGGAAGGAAGGAAGAAUCGGAGAAAGGGGAAGAUGUUUUGAUUCGCGUGUCACUUUUGGUUGGCAGCAAAGGGUCAUCUUAAGGUCAUACUGAUAGUUUCAAGAUUUGGAAUGUGGAGAGGGGGAUUUUUUGAGGAAAAAUUCGAUACCGAUUGAAAGAAGAAGAAGAAAAAAAUCCAUCUUACGCAAUCUUCUGGAAACUGUGUCUUUAGAAAAUUUCUGAACUAUUUUUGACGUGCAGGCGUUGAAAAGAUGUCCUUCUUUCCCGAGCAAAAAUUUAAAAAUUCAAAUUUAAAUUAUACAUCUGAAAUAAUAUCACAAAAAAUUUGAAGUUAAUUUCAGAUUUAUUUGUUUUAUGAAAGUAUGAUAAUGUUAACUGACAUCUCUUUUUUUCAGUCAAACCAGUCGUCUUGAUUUCGCCAGCAUACAUCGAUACUCAAAUCGGACAGAAAAAUUUAGUCGUUGUGUGCCACGUGAAAGAAGGAAAUCCAAAACCAAGUGUUACAUGGACCAAAGAGGUACGUUUCUAUUUUUUCUUAUUGACAGUUUUUGUUGACCGGAUUAUGUGGAGCAUGGGUAGAUAAUUAGAGGGAUGAGCACUCAGUUUUUGAUCCUAUAAUAUCGGCCAAUAAUUUUUAAUAAGGAAUAGAAUGGGAAUAAGAAUAAUUAUUGUUAUUGGUGUGAGAUGGAUUAGUUUUUAGUCGAUGAAUGGGUUUGAAAACAAUGAACGAAAUAACAAAUUAGGUUGGAUUAGAGAUUUCUUGAGGAGUUGUUUUCACAACUAAAAACAAUGCAUUUUUGCAGGGAGCUUCUUGGCCAACCGACAUCAAACUAGAGAACGAAAAUCAAAAAAUUGUAUUCUCUGAAGUCACAAAAGAGCACGCUGGAAAAUAUCGAUGCAAAGCUGAGAACAUUGUCGGAACCCACUCAGAUGAUCUCGAAAUCACCGUGUCAAGUGAGUUUUUAAUUUCUCAAUUACAAAAUGAGAGUAAAAACCAAACCUCAUUCUGUAAUAGAACAGAAACCAACUUUUUUAAUGAACCAGGAAAACUAGAACAACAAAAAAUAAUGAGCAAGUUUUUUGCUACGAAAAAAAAACAGAUCAAAGGAAAAUGAUGUUUUUUCUUUUACAUCAAUUAAAAGUGUAUCAAAAAAAAUGAAAUUGAUGACAUCAAUUAUCACGAAACGGCAAAAGUUCAUCAUAUAAAUUUAUGAGGGCAAUGUUUGAGUGAUUGGAUUUUUUUUGCUGAAAGUGUGAAAAUUCCGAGUGUAAAAAUGAUAACAUGGAUCUGAUUUUUUUUCUGAUGAUUUUGAAAAUGAUGUUUGAGAGUUUGAAAUUGCAACAGAAAAAAAAAUAUGAUAUGUAUGAGAUUUGAGAUUUUGAGUUCAGGAUUGAAAUUUUAAAUGUUAUUUUUGAAAAAUAUUAUUGAUUUUCUCAAUUUUAGAAAAGAAAAAAAUUGUUUUAAUGAAUUUGAGGCUUGAGCAAACCUGAUUUCUUUUGAUAUUAAAAAAAUCUAACGUAUUUACUCUAGCCUAAAGCAACUUCAAAAACUUAAAACAUUUUCACAAAUUUUUUGAACUUGAUUUUGGGAUUCUCUUUCUUUAUAAUUUUAUGAAACUUUACAAUUUUUUUCAUUAUCCGUAUGUUUUUUUCGAAUUUUAUGCUCCAGACUUUUCAAAAAAACAUGCCAACCGUUUACAAUCCUAACAAAAAAUCAUAAAUCAUUUUUGCGUGAAAAAGUUUGCCGUUUUCUUUGUUUUUACAAUACACUCACAAAAGAUCAUAAUUCAAUCAAAAAAAUCUUUCAGCUUCUUCAAACCAAGAAGGUGAGUUGAGAUGUCAUUCAUAAAUAUCUCAAUAUAUGUUAUAUUGUCCUGCAUGUCUCAUCUUUUUGUUUGUCUUUUGUUUUGUCUUUAUUACCGCACAUCUGCCCAAGGUGUUAUUAUUAGUUGAUGACAACAAUCCUCCCUUUUUGCAGCUGCUUUAAAGGAACAUGAAGGGACUUUUGGGAAAGGGAAAAAUAAGGAUGAGAAGGAUUGAGAAAAAAGGGUCUCACGACAAUCUAACAGAUGGUUGAUAGAUCUAGGUGACAGACAAAAUACUGAUGUGUUCAUAAAUACCAUAUGGGGAAAUAUAUCGGGGUUAAGGGAAUAAGGCAAAAAAAAAGAGAUUUAUUAAUGGGAAUAUGAAUUGAAAUAUGACUUAGAUGUGUUGAUCAAACAAUAUUCUAGUUUAAUCUUAGGGCAAGGGUGUUUUGGUGACAGUAAAAAAUAGGCUUUUGUAGCUCGAAAAUAAUUUUUUUAAAAUAGGCUGAAUUCAACGUUUUUUUUUCAGAAUCAAAUAGUUAUUUCAAUAUUAAGCCUCUAUCAUAAAAGUUGAAUAAGUGUUCACUACCACUUUUCAAAGACAAAAAUCGGAACUCAAAUUCCCACACGCCUGAUUCACCAUGUACUUGUCCUUUCCCGCAUAAAUAUAUCACCCAGCUUCUUCUUCGUCUAUAGCUUCACACCUAUCGCUUCUAUGCACCCCAUAUUUCAUUUCAAAUCCCACUUUUUUUCAGAAAAACCAUGGGUGAAAAUGGACGAAAAAAUCAUCACUGUCAACAAGAAUCAAGACAUUGAUAUUUCUUGCAAAUAUGAUGGAACUCCAGUUCCAAGUGUUGAAUGGUUGUUCAACGGAUGGAAGAUUGCUGUAAGAAUUUUUUUUUUUUUAAAUUUUUAAAAUUUAAAAUUUAUGUUUUCCAGAGCCACAGAAAAUUCAAGGACAUUAAAGAAACUGCGCAACGUUUUGAUGGAUAUUCCAUGAGCACUUUGAGAAUUUCGAAAAUCAACGAGGACACUUUUGGAGAUUAUAGUUGUCGAGUUUCAAGCAAACUUGGAACUGCUCAAGCUGUCGUUCAUGUCAACGGUAAGUCGUGUGGAAACCCAUUAAUUAGCUGAAAUUACAAGACGACGAACUCUUCCCUCUCCCCUUCUUCACCCAAAAACAUAAAUAAAUAAUUCACCUGCUCAACAAUGACAUCGGCCACCUUUUGGUGUUGUUCGAGAAAAAAGAACACCAAGACCGAUUUACAUAUAUGAUGUAUUAGGAAGCGAAGAAUAAUUGGUGUUAUUUCAGGAAAGCCGGGACCACCAGAAUUGUCUUUCGAAGUCAAUGAAUUGGCUUGGACUGUCAGAUCUUUGGACAAAGUUUUGGAAUAUGAAUUCUGUUAUCGUUUUUCUGGAACCGACUCUUUCUUGCCAGAAAAUUGCCCGAAAAAUCGUGUUGGCAAGAGUGAGUUAGAAGUUUUUUGUUCUGGAAAAGUUCAUGAUUUUCAGAUGACAACAAUGGACAAGAUGACAAAUGGACACAUUCGAUCGAUUUGAGCAGCUAUUUGGAGUUUGACGCAAUUUACGAAAUUCAAGCAAGAGCCAGAAACUCAUUGGGAUGGGGAUCAUUCUCGAGAGAACCAAUUCGUGUUCAACUUGCUGGAUCAUCCAAGAAAGGUAAUUUUGUGGAUAACAUUAUAAAAAAAUUGUGGGAAAUACGAGAUUUUGAAUAAAAAAAAAUUAUUUUAGUUGGUUAUUUUUCAAGAAUUCAAAAAUGAUUUCAAAUACAAACCAAACACAAAAUGUUUCAUUGGCAUAAUUUUCAAAAUGCUGAAAUUCAAAAAUUAAAAAAUUAAAAAAAAUUCAUUUGACUGACUUUGUAAUUGAAACAUUCUAUCAAAAAAUCUUUCAUUCUAAAGUUAACCUAUUAUUUUUCAGCACCAGUCAAAUCUGCUCAUAUUGCAUCAGGCUUCUUCAUGACUGUUUUCACUAUUCUCACAAUCAUCUGUCUCUUCUAA